UUGGACGAUGGAGUCUCUGGUUUGGGCAGUUCUGCUAUUAGCCUCCAGCUCUGGGCACCGAUGUGAAGCAGCUGGCCAGAGUGUCCGUGGCAUCCUCCAAGAUGACAACCGAUGCGUCUGCAAAGUAACGUUUUCCGAUUGGGAAUUUCCAGUGGAAAAAUUCGAAGAACUGCAAGUUCUGUCACAGAACUGCACCGAGGCUCGGGAACGCAGGAUAACCCAGGUGGAUUUAGCUAAAUCCAGGAUCCCAGCCUUUCGGACCGAGCUGCAGAACAUAUCUUCCCGCUUGCAGCAUUUUGAAGUGAUCUACAAACAGAUGCUGUAUCACCCGCUCAACCUGUGGUCUCUCCGCAUGGAUUUGAAGCAACUUGGCUCAGAGGUUCUUGAUGCACAGAAAAGCUCUUUACCAAACAAGAAUUUACUCCAAAAGUUCUCUGAUGAGCUGCUUGAUGCUCGCGAAAGUUUAAUGAACAUGGGAAAAUAUGAUAAGUUCAACCUGCUCUCCAUUAAACAACACCUGAGAGACUUGAAAGAUUAUAUACAGAGUAUCUCUGUCUAUGGCAAAUCAAAGAUUGGGAACUGCUCUGGAAUUUUGCGCAGUGUCAGUCAGCCAAUAACUGCGCAGGUCAACCCAUUUGGUGUUGCAAACCAUUAUGGAGCCUGGGGCAUGGACUCAAUGCCUGGAAGCCCUGAAUUAUACUGGGUCAUGGUGCUGACAUCAUCAAAAAUUUAUGGGAACACAAUCCGUACCUACUCUUCCUACAAACCGUUCCUCCUGAACAAGCCCUUCACUGACUUUCACGUGACAUCGUCAGCAACUGUCACUAAUUCAAUACAGGGUUCAGGGUCUGUGGUUUACAAUGGUUCUCUGUAUUAUAACUGUUUUAAGAAAAGGAACAUGUGUAAAUAUGAUCUAAACACAAAAGUCAUCCUGCACAGAGAAUUGCCCGAGGCUGGUUUCAACAAUGAAUUCCCUUACUGUUACUAUGACUGCUAUGGUUACACUGAUAUGGAUUUCUCUGUUGAUGAAAAUGGACUGUGGGUCAUUUAUGCCACAGAAGAGAAUUACGGUAACAUAUUGGUUAGCAAACUAAACAGUGAUAACUUGGCAAUUCUGGGGACCUGGAGAACCCGGUUCUUCAAGAAAGCAGUAUCCAAUGCCUUUAUGGCCUGUGGGGUUCUGUAUACGACCCGUUAUAUCAAUGCCACUGAAGAGGAGAUAUUUAACGCAUUUGACACAACCACCAACCGAGAGGCCUUUGACCUGAAUAUACGCUUCACUAAAUACUCCAAACACAUAGAGAACCUCCACUACAACCCGGGGGACAGGAAACUUUACCUGUACAAUGAUGGCUACAUGAUAGCGUACAACCUCCUGUUUUAUUGAUCAUCCAGGCUAAACAGGAAGCCAUUUCGUAGAAUACUUACCAAAUAAGAAUUUACUACAAAUAAAAUGCUUAUUAUAAGUGUGCCUGACCAUGAUGUAAUAGCCGAGAUAAAAAGUAAGUAACAAGUGAAUAUGGAUUGAAAAUAAUGACAGGUCACUAUUAUAAUACAGAAAGGUUGAAGUGUGUGAAAUUGUAUUGUAAUAAAUGAUUCUUUUUGACACUGUUGAAUCCUCUUGUAAUCCAACUGGUCUUGAAAGGUCCCAC